CAGCUGCCGAACCGGUUACACCGGCCAUUUCUCCGCGCAAACCCGGAAAAGAUAACAUAAUAAAAAACUCUCAGCCCCAGUGUCUUGAAGUCUUGAACUGUUUGUGUAAGUGCUUAGCAUACAUCGCAUCGCAUCUUCGGACGAACUUAAGGAUAUACCAGCAUCUUCAGCGGAACGUGUGAGAGGUGUACAUGUGUGGAGCAGAAGGUUACACAUAGUUGUGAGUGCCUCUUGGCUUCAAUUGAUUGAAUUAAUUCGCCUAAUUGAGUUGGCCAACACCCGCAUCUUGGCACCUUCGAGAAGUGUCUUGGAAGAAGGAAACUUUUAAUCAUAAGCAGAGUGUGUGGUACAUGUGAAGUGAAGUGUGAUUUUGACCCAAACCUUAAAUCUGGAACGCAAGGAAGGAUUGUUGCUGCUGCUAGCGGAAGUUGCUCGAGAGGCACUUGAUCAACGCCAGCCGGGUUCGACAGUGCAACAUGGUUUAUUUUAGUCCACGUGGUAUGCAGCCGCCGUGUAGCCCACCAGGAUUACCGAUCACGUCCAAGAGUCCCACGAUGGAGUCAGCCAACAGCAACACGAGCAUUGAGCACGAGGAGCACGAUCAGAAGCCGCCGGCGAUGAAGAUGCAGCGAUCGAACGGUGGAGGAGCGAUUCACAAGUUCUCCAUUGCGUACAUUAUGGGUCGCGAUGGGGACGACGGGGAGAGUGGAGACGAGGAGCUGAGGAGGAAGAAGGAUUUAGGGGAACGGCCGGCCAGUCCACCGUCGGCGGCGUCCAGUCCGAGCUACGAUCAGCACAGUUCAGCGUCGUCGAUGGCGGCGUACGACUCGGCGUUCAAGAAGUACGUGCCGAGUUCGGUGCACCAGUUUGUGGCCAACCGCCACCAGGAUCUACUGAGUCAAUAUCCGUUGCUGUACUACCCGGGUCAAUUAAUGUGUGCCGCGGCCCAGUACGCCGCACUCACGCAACAUCCGUCGGUAUCACUGUUGAACGGAUCUUCGCUGGCGAGUGCAGCGAGUUCGGCGGCUGCCGCUGGUCCACUGCACCCGUACGUUCCGACGGCAGCGAGUGCGCUGAGGAGUUUAGAGAGCUCGGCCGUGUCUCCGACACAACACCCGACGGCCACGUUGAGCCAUCACAAAAAAGUCAAUUUGAACGCAUCGACAUCGUCUUCUUCAUCCAGCGAGUUGAACAGCUCGACGAAUUCUGCUGGAUCAACCAAUCCAGGAUCGGCGGCGGCUCUCGCCAAGCAGAAGACCUUCGCCUGUCCCGAGUGCGGCAAGGUGUUCAACGCACACUACAACCUAACGCGACACAUGCCCGUCCACACGGGAGCUCGGCCGUUCAUCUGCAAGAUCUGCGGAAAGGGUUUCCGACAGGCUUCAACGCUCUGCCGGCACAAGAUCAUCCACACCUCGGAAAAGCCCCACAAAUGUCAAACCUGCGGGAAGGCCUUCAACCGGUCCUCGACGCUAAACACCCACACGCGGAUCCACGCCGGGUACAAACCGUACAUCUGCGAGUACUGCGGCAAGGGAUUUCACCAGAAGGGCAACUACAAGAACCACAAGCUGACCCACAGUGGGGACAAAGCCUACAAGUGCAACAUCUGCAACAAGGCAUUUCACCAGGUGUACAACCUCACCUUUCACAUGCACACCCACAACGACAAGAAGCCCUUCACCUGCAAGAUCUGCGCCAAGGGAUUUUGCCGCAACUUUGACCUCAAGAAGCACAUGCGCAAGCUGCACGACGUCAGCGUCAGUUCCGGGCUCAAGCGAGGCGGUCACCACCACCACCACCAUCAUCACUCGCACCACCAAUCCAGCCCCCAAUCCGACUCCGGCAGUCGACCAUCCCCAGCCGCUGGCAGUUGGCCAACCGCCGGAAGUCCAAACUCCCCGCCCUCAGCCGCCUCUCUGGCAGCCCUAUCGAACCUGCACGCGGCCGCAGCCCUCCGGUCCGGAGACUACCCCAACCCCUUUCUCAUGCCCGGAUCCGCCCGCGGAGGUCGGCUGGAUGCGCCCUUCAUCGGGAAGGUCUUCUGACAGAAGUACUACCAACAGCAGCAUGGUUUUCAUCAACCGGCGGGACUUGUUCCGCAGCAGCAGCAGCAGCACCAACAGCAACAGUUGACCAGUCUGACCAAGAGCAUACUGAUCAACUGAAGCGCCAACAAACAC